UCUAAAUCUGUCUGUGAGAUGCGUGACACGAAACGCAAAUUGUAAUGGUGGACGUCCGUCAUAUUUUGCAGGAGUACAUCAGUUGUUCAGAGCCAGACAUUUUACUAGUAAAUCUUGUAAAUUUGUAAUUGUGCAGCGUAAUUAUGUUGUGCGUGUGGUUAGCUAAAUAAUACAAUAACAUUUGAGAAAGUCGCAUUUAAGUCUUUCGAUUAAUUGACAGAAUUAUUUACAAUGGCUGCGACAAGGAGACUUCAAAAGGAAUUAAAUGACAUAAGACAGUCAGGGCUGAAAUCCUUUAGGGAUAUCCAAGUUGAUGAAUCUAACAUCCUUACAUGGCAAGGACUUAUUGUCCCUGAUAACCCACCAUACAACAAGGGUGCAUUUCGGAUUGAAAUUAACUUCCCAGCAGAAUACCCUUUCAAGCCACCCAAAAUUAGUUUUAAAACAAAGAUAUAUCAUCCCAAUAUUGAUGAAAAGGGCCAGGUGUGCUUACCAAUAAUAAGUGCUGAAAACUGGAAACCUGCAACCAAGACUGAUCAAGUGAUCCAAGCACUAGUUGCCCUUGUGAAUGACCCAGAACCAGAGCACCCAUUACGUGCAGAACUUGCUGAAGAAUAUCUGAAGGAUAGAAAGAAGUUUACAAAAAAUGCAGAAGAAUUCACUAAAAAACACAGUGAAAAGCGACCCACAGACUAAAUCAUCAACUAUGUGAAUUUACUAAACCAUGGGUUUACAGCAAUGAAUUUUAUUCUUUAAAAACAUCUUAAUAAUGCAAUUAUGAUUAUACUUACAGGGUUAAAUUUGAAUUUAUACUGUUUUUUUAUUUGCAUUUAAUAUUAAGUUAUAAGUUAAACCAGUCAUCAUAGGUUUCAUACCCUAAUCUUAAGAAGUCCAAUACUUUAGUCAUUGCUGUAUAUCCAGGUUAUUUACCUCUUCACUGAUGUCUGCUAUCGCUUAUCAUUGUCACCAUAUUGCUUGCGGAAACUGAGCACUCUUUAAGACUAAAUUAGGUAAUAGUGAUUGGAAGUUGAAGAAGGUUGAGGAAUGCUUUGAAAUUAAUGCUUAGUUUUGUAAUUAGAUUUUUGGAAUUGUCAAAUAAAUUGGGUAUCUAUUGUUAAAAUAUAUAUUGUAGGGUUCUUUAUUGGUUCUAAAAUAAUUUUCACCUCAAAGGUAGUCAGUCA